UCUUCAUUUUGAUGUAUAAUUUUUGUGUAUAGUUUUGCAUAGUUUUGUGUAUAGUUCAUUAGUGCACAUACUUAGGGGGCACAUGGUCUGAAAAGUGUACUGAGCAAGGAAAUAAUACCUGAGGCUGUUUGCUUUCUGAAAUGUUUGCAGUGAAAUGUUGAAAUACUUUAUUUAAUAUGGUAAUUAUUGUACAUAACUCAAAAACAAAGGAAUCUUUUUUCCCAGUCUAUGCUUCCAGUGAAAUAUGGAGGCAAAAGAGUAAAAUAAUUUAUCCUUGUCUGUGUCAGACCCUGAAUUCUGUCCUACGUCCCUAAUACAGAUUAAGAAAAUUGAACAAGUGUACUCAGGCUUAAGCUAUUCUUUCCCUGGUGCAGGUGUCAUGAACAGUGUGCCAGCUGUGGCUAUCUAAAAGAGAUGGAUAAACUGCCUAUGGGUUCCGUUCUUUCGCCUUGUAGGAUCGCAGGUGUAGGGAUUUAUCUUGAGGAGAAAGUGAAUUUCUCAGAAGCAAGCAAUGCAUGCAAUCAACUGAAUCUACAACUGGCAAGUAAAGACCAAGUUGACAAGGCUUUGAAACAUGGUUUUGAAACAUGCAGCUAUGGAUGGGUGAAAGAUGAAUUUGUUGUCAUUCCAAGGAUAACAUCCAAUAAGAAAUGCGGUAAGGGCAAUGUUGGACUAGUGCAAUGGAAUGCUGAGCCCUUCAGAACAUUUAAGGUUUACUGCUUCAAUUCCUCAGAUGUUCAGAUUAAUUCAUGUAAACCAGAUCCAACUACCACCAUACCACCUUCAUCAAGUGCAUCAAUGGACUUAACUACAUCUUCAGGCUCGGAUUUGACUGAGAACAUCACGGCAGUGCCCAAUGUGACUGAGUCAGAAGAGCCCAAGAGAAACAGGAAAUUCCGUGUGAUCUGUGUAACUGAAACUGUAUUGCCAACGGAGGCGACCACUACAGAAAGGCCAGAGGAAGACUCAGCCACUGACUCUCCUAACCACACUUCCCGUGCUGCCUUUAAAAAUGACUCUGUUGUCUUCGGAGGUAUCCCUACUACACUUCUUGUACUAGCAGUCAUCUUCUUCAUUAUUUCAGUUGUUCUAUCAGUCUGCUACAUCAAAAAGUACAAGAAAACUUUCCCAUUUUCAAACAAGAACCAACAAAAAGAAAUGGUUGAAACUACUGCUCUUAAAGAAGCUAAUUCAAAUGACAAAACAUCUGAGAAGGAAACAAAGAAUAAUGGAAAAAAUAUAGAGGAGUCUAAAACCAAGCCUGAGGGCACAGUAAAAUGUCUAGAAGCAGAAGUGUAAGGGGAAGAAAGGUUUCUUGACAGAAGUAUAAAACAAAGCACACAGAACUUAGCAAUGCUUUUAAACAUGGGUGAUUGUAAAUACUCAUGAAUUAAUACUUCCUCUAUCUUAACUUCUUUUUUAAUAAUUUAAUCUUUAUGAAUGCUCUUGCAGAAGAAUGAGAUAUCUUAUGUACUUGAAAUAAUGAAAAAUCCAUAUUACUCUUUUUCCUCUUUAAUAAAGAACUAGGAAUAUGCUAUUAAUGGUAUGCAAUGUGUUAACUAUGUGCACAGAAUUCAGAUCAAUACAUAAUGAAAUGGAGGUAUUUAACUGGCUGGAGGAUAUGUGCUAACUGAAGUUUAUGACACUGCAUCUCUUCCUCAUGUAGAUUAGCUUAUUUCUGUUAAGUAAUGGUAUAUUGUUUUUUAGAAGUCUGUUUACAAACAGAAGAAAUGAAUCUGUUUACAAAUGAGUAAAAAAUCAAAGGAUCAACCCAUUGUCAUUCAGAUACCCAAGGAAGGGCACACAGAUGCUGAUAUUUGUAUAUAUAGUAAUUGAUAACUUUCUUAAAUAUCUGCAUCCUUUCAUGAUUGUUUUAUUUAUUACACCCUGUAUCAUUCUUCUGCAUCAGAUAUUUGACAGGGAAAAAAAAACACCCUUGAACUGUAUCUCAACGGUUAUAUUUAAGACCUUUUGUGUAUAUUUAAGUGUGGCUCUCAUAAUAAACAUCUCCAGUAGUAUGAGACAUUUAUACUACUUCAUUAAAAAAAUAAAGUAUGCUAGAUGCAUUUGUUAUUUUCAUGAAAA